CAGGAAGCCGCUGGAUACGGGCAGCGCAGAACCGGUCGAUUUGGAAUCCCUUGGGGGGAGAAUCCCUCCCUUUAUGUCCAGCAGUUUUACUUUGAUGUUUUGCGUGGCAACCCAAAUUACAAUAGCAAUAAAAACAUCGGACAUAUUGAUUAUUUACUCAGAUGUCACUUCAAAUUUGCCUGCUAUGAAAGUGCGAGUUCAUACAUUGCGACGUAUGGUGGAAAUAGCCAGAGUGGAGAUCCACCCUGGUGUGAGGAAGUCGAAAUUAGAGACGUACCCUCCCAAUUACUUCCAGCGUCGACUGAAGAGGUUGCUGCAUCUGAAAGAGAAGCGGGAGAAGGCGGCAAACAUGAACGCUAAUCUACAGACAUAAGGUUCAAAAUAAGAUGUGAAAUAUUUUCAUGAAGUUCGCAAAAAUAAAUUAAUGGUGAAUAGGGUAUUUUCAAAAUUAUUGAAAACUGCUUAUAUUUAAAGAUUGAGACAAACGAUUUAACAGAAAAAUAAAAAUUAAUUAAUUAAUGUCGUUUUUCU